ACGGUGCUUUAGGACUCCUGAACCUCAAAGCAAAGCUAAUAAUCCUAGAAAUCAGCGGUGUGCGUGACACACACAUCCACCCUCUUUCUCCCUCGCUUCAUCAUACACGCUCAGGAGGACGAACAAACCCGUUAGAGAAGAUGAGAACUGCACUUAAUUUCACUCUUUAAACUCUAUUUGUUUCUUUUCUGUGGGAUAAUGCUCGGCUAAUGUGAUGGUAACGUGGCUCAUCAACGCCGGGGGAUUUUCAGGAACUUUUUACACCUCGGAUGCUCCGGUUCAAAUGCUUUUACUGUUUAGAGUUGUCUUUAAAUAGGCAAUCAUUGUCUAGCAUAGAUCUUUUAUAACAUUAAGUAUGCAUAUUUUUUUUAAAUCUCCAAUAUUUUAAAAACAUUUAAGCUGUUUGUGUCCGAUUUUAUCCGGUUAAAAUCUCGCAGAUUCAUUCACGGGCGGUUUACUGAGCACUGGCGUGUGUUAAAAUGUUAGUCUGUAAGUAGUUGUUCAGAUGCUCUUAUAAUUUUAACAUCUGAUUUAAUAAUAGUAUUUUGUAUUAAAAUAUAUGUAUCUGUCGCUCUCGGGCUUGUAGAAGUGAGAUUUACUGUUUACUGUUUGUGAAGGAGUUUUAAUAGUAAAUACUAGGAAGGACACUGUCGUUAUUGUGUUGGGAUGCGGAAGGCAGAGGUGUAGGGCCGAUGGUAAACAUGUUAAGGGUUUAAAGUGAAUGGCUCUGUGAUCAUGUCGUCUGUGGAGGGUGUUUUCUCCUGGGUGGGUGACUGGCAGUGGCUCUGCAUGGUCACUCUCUUUCUGGCCUCUGUUGUCACUUUGAUUGUAUACUUGGUGCUGUAUUUUUUCAACGAAUCUCCUGUUGGGAAAACACCUCUCAGUCAUGUGGAUUCGGAGGAGGCUGAUGGGAUUUUAUGCUGGGUGCUCUCUCUGAAAAGCUGGAAGAGUCAGUGGAGACGAGCCUGGUUCAGGAGCCUCAAUGAAGAAGCUAGGAGAUCACAGAGCGGGAUUCGACUGACAUUUGAAGAAGAUGGUGUUCAGUCAUCAGAACUGGCUGUGGAUCAGAUUUCAAGCUUUACGAAAACACCCGGUCGAAAGAAUGUCCUGUGUCAGGUGGUUGGAAACAAGCUGCAGUUUUCUCUCAGUGCUUUACCGAGCUCAGCGUCUUCAGAAACCCCCCUGAGAUACAGUGCAAAGAUAUCUCCACUUCGUCUGCAGCUGGCCCUACAGAUGAAAGAAGUGAAAGAGGAGGUGGAGAUUUCCUGGAGGGUGCUUCACCUGAACUCUGUAGAUUUGCAGCUGACACAAAGUUUUACGCAAAAAGCACGUGACACUCUGUGUAUGUUUCAGGGAGAUUGUGAAAGUCUAAGUGAAGCCGCUGUGAACGACAGGCUCAGACAGGUCUUGAGUCGAGCUCAAGCAUCCGUAACUUUGAGCAGCCGGCCUGCAGAGUCUGCAGAAGUCAAGGAAGUAAGGAACAAGACCUCGCAGGCGACCUCACCCCCAAAGCCCCCACGAGCUCAUGAAUGGAAACUAUUAGUAAAGAACAUCCGGGUCACGUGCAAACAGGAGGAUGGUGCUGCAGGCGGCAUGGAUCCCCAGUGUAUCCUCCAAUUGGAUGAUCCUCCUCAGAAGGUCACCAGUUCAGUCUUGACUAACACAUCCACCCCAGCCUGGGACCAGCCCUUCAUAUUUGAGCUUAGCGGACGGUCAAAAGAGCUGAAUAUUCAGGUUUUGGAUAACGGCAAGCCUCGGGAGACUGCUUUGUUAGGGCAGGCAUCUGUGCCUUUUGAUCUAGUGAAGAAACACCCCAAAGGUCAACAGACCUUUUCACUCAUGGCCAAAGAUCAAGUGACUGGGUCAAUAACUACUGAGUUCACCUACCUGGAGCCCAGCGAGGUGCGUAGCUGGCAGAUGCCCACGCCGGCCCCUACUAAGAAAGUGGAGAUGGACCGCACUGUGAUGCCCUGCGGCACCGUUGUUACCACUGUCACUGCUGUGAGGAGCAAACCAGGACGAGCUUUAGCACCUGAAUCCAAAUCGCCUUCUAAAAACAAGCUGGCGGAGAGAAGGGUGUCGGAGCAGACAUCAUUACUUGGAGCCAAAGUUAGCAAAGCCCUGUCAUCAUCAGAUACAGAGUUAUUGAUGUUAAACGGGACCGACCCUGUAGCCGAGGCUGCCAUCAGACAGCUUCAUGAGUCGGCAAAACAGAAGCUCAAAUCUCCUGUCAAAAAGAGCACCAUCAUCAUCUCAGGAGUCACCAAGGCCCCUCUGACACAAGAUGAGGAGAUGGCUCUGAUGGCAGGAUAUGCAGCUGCGAUGGACGCUUCUAUGUCCGGAGCAUCUGAGGGCACCAGCAGCGAAGUAUUGCCAUCAGAAACAGUGGCAGAACCCAGCGUUCUCGAGCCCACAGAGUCUCUGGCGGGUGCGAAUGGCACAGACCCCAUGGAGGACUGGGAGAGCCAGGCCGGAGAGGACCCAGAUGCAGAUAAAACAUCUCUGUCUCUCUGUAUCUCUGAAACGGGUUCCAAAAAAGGAAAAGGCAGCUUCCUGCAAAAGAGUGCCAAGCUAUUUUUCAGGCGGAGGCAUCAACGAAAGGAGCCGGGAAUGAGCCAGUCCCACAAUGACCUUCAGUACUUGGAGCAUCCCGAGGCGGCCAUGAUGGGCGACAGGGAAAAGAGGACGGCCACCUUCAGACGCAUCAUCAACCGCAAGCUUCUACCCAGGAGCAAGAGCAAAGCCAAUGGCACAAUGAGAGAACCGCCCACAUGAACUGCCCACUCCGUCGCCUUCAUCAAAACUAAUAGCUUUUGAACCUCUUCAUCUUUCUAACAUCCUCCCUAUCACAUUCAUUCUAGUAACUUUUAUGCAAGUCAUUGCUUCUUUCUGGGCCAUAUUUGCCAAAACGUCUGCGUAGCAACAAUCACUCUCAUCAUCUCCUUAUUAACACCGUCAUCUGGAUUUCCUGAAAACCUAUUCCUGUCUGCCUGGCGCUAGAUUUAUUUCUCCAUUAAUGUAGAGGGACAUUAGGGGCGCUUUCCUUACCUGACAGUUCUGUCCACACCUUUCACCUUCAACUUUGAACUUUGUGCGUGUGUUGAUGCAAGAAAGUUUACAAAACAUCAUCCAUAUGAGCACUGGCUCUCUUCGUCGCUCCAAAUGACUUGGUGUCAUUUAACCUUAUGCAAAUGUUGAUCAUCAUGCAAAUGAUAUUUUGCGUUCGUGGCCUUCUAACCAAAGCUGGAUUUAAGGACAACCCUUUCUUGCCAUCUACCUGAGCUUUAAACCUCUGGAAACCCUCUGUGGACCUGAUGGAUCCUGGAAUAUCAAGCAAGGGAAAACCAUUGUUUUGAUUUGCACUUAUUUAUAUGCUCUGAACUCAUUCCAAAUGCAUUUGCAGGGAUGUGCAUUGAAUUCUGUGGGGUUUGGUAGUGAUCAUGCUUUAUAAAAAAAUGAUGUGAAAGACUGCUGUCUUGAUGUGAAUUGAAUAUGACAGUUUUCAUUUUGUUAGGGAGACAAAGCUGCAGUUCCACCAAAUUUGACUGAAUAGUGAGUUUUAUUUUCAAAAAUAAACGUUUUCAAACUGAGCAUAACAUUUCAAAUGUUCUGGUCUGGCACUGAUAUGGUCGCUUUAAAACAGGUUUGGUGUUUUAUUCAUUUAAUUUCUAAAUAUUCAAACAGAAAUGGGGAAAAUAUUAAUAAAUAUUUUCCUUUUAUUCAUACAUUAUUCAGUGUACUGUGUAAUUAAUGUGUAAACAUGUUUAUGAUCCCCCACCCCCUUUUCUUCCACAGCCAUUACAUCAUGCCACAUGUUAAAAAAAAAAAAAGUGUGUUAAUUGUACCAAAGGUUUUUAACACUAAGCAAGGGCAUUUUCCCAUAGAGAAAGACCAGAAUUCAUGAGAAUUUAGCUAUUCAAUAUGUUCAUGAUUUAUGAUAUUUUCCUAAGUGUGGUGUCUUCUUUUACCUGUACUCUUAAUCCACCUGAAAUGUUGGCUGUGAAUGCCAGACAGUUUGUAUUUUGGACCUCAACUGUUGAGCCUGUGUGGAAUACUGCAGUGGAUUUGUGCUAUGGAAGAUUCAAUAACAGGAUCCAUUUGACAUUUACUUGACCUCAAGCUGCAGAUGUAGAAGAAACCUGAAUGCCUGUCCAUACUGAAUGUUGCCAGAAAGAAACCUCAGCGGUCUGGCUGUUUUAUAUGUAUUCUGGGAGGACUACUGGUCUGUGUUUUGUUUUUUUCUUCCAUUUUUGUCUAUGUUGUGUGUUGUCAUUUGUGGCCUGGCUGUUAACAAUUCAUUGUAUUUCUGAACAGUCAAAAAAUGAAAGAGGUAUUUUCCAGUGAAAUGGAAGGAGGCACAUGAUGAUUUUAUAUUUUUUCCUGCUUGUUUGCCUGGCCAGAGGUGAUCCAGUCGUUAAAUGAAAUCUAACACAUCAGUCCUCUGUAUAUGCAUAUCAUAAUGUAUCCAUGUGCAUUAAAGAACUCCUCUUGUUAACUUAACUCAUCUGUGCUUUCUCUUGGAGUCUGGUUGGUCUCCUUAACCAGAAGGACCUUAGAAAUUGCUGUUGUGAAUGAUAAUUGUGUCAUUGCUCACCAUAUAACAUUUCCCUGCAAUAUUAAGAUUGCUCAUGUGUGUGGCCUGUGCAGUAAAAACUAUAGAGCUGUUGAGUUUGAAGUCCUAAAACCCUCUAGAAUUCUCUUAUCAGGUUUGCAAAUUAUGAGUAAAAGUCUGUCAUUACUUGAAGAAACUUGUUUUGUUUUAAAAUAAAAUGCAUAUGGAUAUACUAUUGUGCUGUGCAUUUUAAACACGUGGCUAAGGUGUUGCUAAAUAAGGACUACAACUUCCAUAAGGAUGUUAGUUAAUGAACCACUGUUGUAGUCUUUAUAUCAAUAAAGCUUCAAAUUUCACACUUGAUAUUUGAGUUUGUGUAAAAUGUGUGAAAGUCUUUUCAAGUAAUGAACUUUUGUUACUCUUCAAACCUAAUAAUUAGCUUCCCAAUUAGCCUACAAAUUGACGUAAUGACUGAACAGCUCUAUUAUGGUGAAGUGACAAAUACUUGGAUGUCUGUGCAUAUUGAAUGUCAGACUGAUCUGCAGGGAUUCUGUUCAUCAAUAUAUCUUUAUUGGUUUAAGCAAUAAACACUGACUGAACA